AGAUGACAAUAGGGGGCGUGAGAGACUUUUAAACUGUUGAGUUCCUUCCUCCUACCAUAGAGUAAGUGACUGCACUGGGCGGGUCGAAACACACUAGACACAUAUAAACCAGCAGACGCUUUUGUUUCUGUCUAUUGAUCCUGAGUUGCAACAGGGGGAAAUAUGGCAGAGGCAGACCGACCAGGAAAGCUGUUCAUCGGUGGCCUGAACACUGAAACUAGUGAGAAGGUCCUUGAAGCGUAUUUCAGCAAAUUUGGCAGAAUAGCAGAAGUUUUGUUGAUGAAGGAUCGUGAAACAAACAAAUCUAGAGGUUUCGCGUUUGUAACUUAUGAAAAUCCUGGUGACGCAAAAGAUGCUGCGAGGGAAAUGAAUGGAAAGCCCCUUGACGGAAAGCCUAUUAAAGUGGAACAGGCCACAAAACCACAGUUUGAGUCUUCAGGACGCCGCGGUCCACCACCAGUUCAUCCACGGAGUCGUGGCCCUGCCAGAGGUCCGCGAGGGUCCAGAGGAGCGCCAAGUGGAAUGCGGGGACCACCAAGCAGAGAACCCUUUUUUAAAGGCAUGUCCUCAAGAGGGCCACCACCAAUGAAGAGAGGCCCCCCAGUGCGGAAUGGAGGACCCCCACCCAAGAGAUCUGCACCCUCUGGGCCAAUGGGCAGGCCGCCAGUGUCCAGAGACAGGGACCCAUAUGGCCCCCCUCCUCGCAGAGAUUCUCUGAUGUCACGGCGGGAUGAUGGUCCUCCACCUCGUGAUGACCACUACAGUAGUAAAGACAGUUAUUCCAGCCGUGACUACAUGAGCUCACGGGACAGUCGAGACUAUGCUCCGGCACCAAGAGAUUACCCUUACCGGGAGUAUUCGGGACAUUCCAGUUCUAGAGAUGAAUAUGGCUCGGGUUCCAGAGGUUACAGUGAUCGCGAUGGCUACGGUGGAGGAAGAGAGCCACGGGGCUACAUGGAGCGGCCCAGUACAGGCUCCUAUAGAGACCCUUACGACGGUUACGGUAACUCACGCAGCGCCCCACCCUCAAGGGGUCCCCCUCCGUCCUACAGUGGGAGUGGCGGAAGCAGUCGUUAUGACGACUAUGGCAGCAGUUCCCGGGAUGGAUAUGGCAGUCGAGACAGUUAUCCCAGCAGUCGGAGUGACCCGUACUCCACUAAUCGUGGUGACCGACCGGGUAGGCAAGAGCGGGGACCACCCCCUCUUGAAAGAGGCUAUCCUCGUGAAUACAGCAGCUCGAGCCGUGGGGCGCCUCGGGGUGGUGGCCGUGGCGGCGGUCGGCCAGAUAGAGGAAUGGCCCGGAGCCGAUACUGAGAGAGAAAAAAAGGGAAAAAAUUGAGAUGGAGAAAUGGUGGUUUCUCAUUGAGACGUUCAAAAGACAUUGAGAUUCAAAAGAGCGCCAUUUUAAACUCUGGACUUCAAGCUUCAGUUUCAAGCUGUACACAAACUUGUGGAAGGUUUUUUUUUUUUUUUUUUUUGUCCUUUUUAAAUGCAAAGUUUCUUUUCCCUUGCCCACAUCCCAUUUAAUGGUACCAUUGCAAAUCUAAGUGUGUUCUUUUUGUAUACUAGUGCUUUGUUAAAACCUGCAAUACCCUAGCAUAUGGCUUUCAUUUACCAAUAAAGUGUUUUUAAUCAAA